AUGAUGUUUUUCAAGUCCUUGGCCAUUGCUUCGCUAGCACUUUGGGCUAAGCAGGCAUCCGCGGCCUUCGGAAUCACUACUAGCACUGCUUCCUAUGUGAUUGAUGCUGGCUCUACAAACCCGCUUAAAUUUACCGUCAGCCGGACAAACUGUGACAUUACUUCGAUCAAUUACUAUGGAUCCGAGCUUCAAUACCAGUCGACUGGAUCUCAUAUCGGAUCGGGUCUUGGUAGCGCAACUGUGUCUGCCACGCAGAGUGGCGACUACAUCAAGGUGACCUGCGAAACAUCCACCUUGACACACUACUAUGUUGUCCACAACGGAGAUUCGACCAUCCACAUGGCGACAUACACAACCGCAGAACCUACAAUUGGAGAACUUCGAUAUAUCGCGCGCCUGAAUUCAGCCCUGCUGCCGAAUGAAGAGCCAUUCGGUGUUGUCUCUAAUAUUGCAGGUGGCACUGUCGUCGAGGGAGAGGAUGUGUUCUUGGUUAGUGGACAAACGCGAAGCAAGUUCUACUCGAGCGAACGGUUUAUUGAUGACCACAUCCACUGUGUCUCUGGAAGCGCGCACCGUGUCUGCAUGAUCUUAAAUCAAUAUGAGACAUCUGCUGGCGGACCUUUCCAUCGUGAUAUCAACACCAACAAUGUUGGUUCUUAUACUGGCCUAUACUGGUACAUGAACUCCGGACACGUUCAGACCGAGACCUACCGCCAGGGCCUGCACGGCCCAUACUCGAUGGUCUUCAGCCGAAGCGGUACCCCCAGUUCCACCCUUGACACAUCGUUCUUUGCCGAUCUCAGUAUCAAGGGAUACGUCGCCACAUCUGCGAGAGGCUAUGUUACGGGUACUGCAACCGGGGCUGACUCGACUUUCAAAUGGGUGGUUCACUGGUAUAACUCUGCCGCACAGUACUGGACCUACACUUCGUCUUCCGGAGCUUUCACCUCCCCUGCUAUGAAGCCCGGCACUUACACCAUGGUAUACUACCAGGGCGAAUAUGUCGUUGCCACCUCGUCAGUGACUGUUACUGCCGGAUCAACCACAUCGAAGAGUAUCUCCGGGUCUGUGAAGACCGGAACGACAGUCUUCAAGAUUGGAGACUGGGAUGGAACACCGAACGGCUUCCUCAACGCGGCCAACCAGCUCCGUAUGCAUCCCUCCGAUACCCGCAUGUCUUCCUGGUCCCCGACCACCUACACAGUCGGCAGCUCUCAAGUCUCUUCUUUCCCCAUGGCCCUCUUCAAAUCGGUCAAUUCACCUUUGACGAUUAAAUUCACGGCAUCAUCUUCGCAGACCGGAGCUGCGACGCUGAGAAUUGGCACAACCCUCUCCUUUGCGUCUGGCCGGCCCCAGGUUGUGUUCAACAACUAUUCCGGCGCCACCCCGGCUGCCCCGACUAACCUCAACUCCCGUGGCGUCACUCGCGGUGCGUAUAGAGGGUUUGGCGAGGUUUACGACGUUUCGAUACCGGCUGGAACUAUCGUCGCUGGAACUAACACUAUCACCAUCAGCGUUGCUUCUGGUAGCUCUGGAGACACUUACCUGAGCCCGAACUUUAUCUUCGAUUGCGUGGAGCUCUUCCAGUAA